CCAGCACCGCCCAACCAAAACCUCUGGUCCUCGCCGCCGGCACUCGCAACUGCAACCGACCCCAAAACUUCCUCAAUGUUGCUCCGUAGAUCACCGGAAACACUGAGAGUUGGCAUCCUCCGUCUCCGUUACUUUUCCAAUUCGGCGGCGGCGACGAUUCCUCAGCAUGAACCGGCGCCGAUCGAGCCAUUGCCCCGUCUCGAGUACUUAGAGGGGUUCCCCAGGCCGGACCCAAAACACUCGGAGACGAUCACGGCGAUCCCGCGGGACAAGUCCGGUAAGAACAUCUCCAGCAAGGAGAGGAAGGCCGGGAGGGUUCCCAGCAUCGUGUUCGAGCAAGAGGAUGGGCAACAUGGAGGAAACAAGCGGCUCAUUUCCGUCCAGACGAAGCAGAUACGGAAGCUCGUGGAUCACUUAGGCAGGUCUUUCUUCCUCUCCAGGCUCUUUGAGCUCGAGGUGCUCUCCGAAUUUGGUGAUUCCGGGGAUAUCAUAGAAAAAGUUCGGGUCUUGCCACGAAAGUUGCAUCUUCAUUCGGCCACUGACGAACCCCUUAAUGUGACAUUCGUGAGAGCCCCCUCUUCAGCAUUAUUAAAAAUUGAUGUUCCUCUCAUUUUCAGAGGGGAAGAUGCAUCUCCUGGACUUAGAAAAGGCGCUUACUUGAAUACUAUAAACAGGACAGUGAAGUAUCUUUGCCCUGCAGACAUCAUUCCACCCUACAUAGAUGUCGACUUGAGCGAAUUGGAUGUGGGCCAGAAGCUGAUAAUGCGAGACCUCAAAGUUCAUCCUGCCCUCCGACUACUUCAAUCCCCCGAUCAACCCAUUUGUAACAUCAUCGGAUCGAGAGGAGCUAGGGAGUCGAAGAAAUCAAAAUGAGUGAACUGUUUGGAUAAAAUGGCUAACCAUUUGCAAUCCAGAUUUUUUUUUUUAAGAUGUUAGAAUUGAGAAACAUGUUAAACAUGGAUUUGAUGUUGUUUCUCUAAACAUGCUCAGGUAUACAAUGUUGUCAAUUUGUCCUGCAACACAAUUGCAAACACGGCAGAGCUUUUGAACUUAAUAUAAGAUUUCAUACGCUGAAUGUGUGAACUA